GUCGUUGCAUAAUACUAGUACUUUACCGUAAAGCAAUUUAUCCUUCACCACUUUCACCUCAAUUCUAGACUUUACAAAUAUGUUCUUUUCUGGGUUUUUUGGUCAGUAUCUUCUAUAGUUCCUUAGAUUUUGUUGUUUCUGAUUCCAUAAAAGACUAAAUAUCGUGUUUACUAAAGUGAUUACUCUCAAGUCCUUCUUUUAAACAUUUUCCUUUUUUAAAUUGUUAUCUAUUUCUAUCCAUUGAUCUACCUUUUAUUUUGUUCAAAGACUCAUAACUUAGGCUUGGUUUUGCGGUUCGUUUCUGUUUCUUUUUCUUUUUCCUGUUCAUUGUUAAGCAUUUAAUUGCCAGUAAUAAUAAAACAUAAAAGCUUUCUAAUGCCAUAUACUAAAAAUAUACAUCGUUUUGAACAUGACGGAGAGUACGGAAAUGCUAAUGAGAAUUCAGGACUUCGAAGAGAAGAUGUUCGCUAUAAGCGUCCACCUUUAAGUAGAAAAAACUUUUCCAGUUCUUCUCAUUCAUCAAAACCUAUUAUCCGGCAUUCUUCUGUCAAAACAGAUCGUCCGCAUUUUCAACGAGCUAGUACUUUGGUAGCAGAACAGUCUAGCGAAAUAUUAAAUGAUGAUAUUGAGGAGCCAGUGAACAAUAUUUCCACGUCUCACAAUCUUCCUUCAGCUCUUUCCUCUCCUGUUCAAUCUGGGUCUGUUAAGUCGAGUGAUAUAGCCUCAUCCCAAGCUAGUGGCAUAUAUGACGAAGUUGAUCGUUCUUUCCAGAGUGGAUUAGGACAAGAUAAUUUGCCGUUUUCUCCUUUUAGCGACCGAUUGAGCUUUGAUACGACUAGCACAAAUGAAUUAAAAACUACAGAUGAACAAGGACACUUAAAUAACUCUUCCUUCUCUUCUUUUAAACCCACAAAUACCAGUCCUCAAUCUGGAUCUCCUCGUCUCCCUUUGUCUCGAUUAAACCAUCCAGUGUUUAAUAUAGACAACAACCGGAAUAGAAUUGUAUCUGAAGCCGCUUAUCCUUUUCAGCUUCCUAACAAAAGUGAUAAUUACAAAACGCGAAGUGUGUCACUACCUUUGCAUCGAUCUAUACUUGAUAAUACGUUAUGCAAUUCCUAUGCUGUUGAUGAUUCCGGACAUUUUUCUCCAGUUGAGGAUACUAUUCCUUUAAGAAAAGACAGUCUUAGGGAAAAUCAUCCGACUAGAGAUUCAAGGUUAAGCCUUUUGGAUUAUGGAUCUUCUUCUAGCUCAGUCAGUAGCACGUCUGGAGUCCCAAAACCGACUGAUAGCUCAACGUAUUCUGGAAUUAUUAAUCAACAACUGUCUGCUUCUGAAAACGCAAGCGAUCAUUUUAGUGUUAGGGAAAGGUUAAGAAAUCGUUCAUCUGACAAUCCUGGUGAUCCGGAAAAAGACCAGAUAGAUUCCAAAGAAUCGUUUGUUUUACAAGCUCAAGUAAAGGACGAGGUAUCCAAAUUUAUGAUAUUCUUUACUAUUGGCAUUCUUUUUCCUCCUUUAUGGAUGAUUGCAUCCUUCCUUCCUAUCCCAGGUACCAGAACCUACAAAAUGAGACUGAAACAUAUACAAUGGCGGUUUAUUAAUCGAGUUGUUUCCUGCCUUGGCCUCGCAAUCAUUUUCUUGUUUAUUGGAUUAGGAGUUGCUGGGUCAUAAAAUUUAUCCCUAAAUAAUGACAUAGAAGACAAUAGAGCAUCUAGUGGACGUAUUAUGAGUAAGCGGAUAUUAUUAAAUCUAUUACCAAAAAUUAAUUAAAAU